AUGGCUGACAACGUGGGAAACGGAGACAGCGCCACCGCCUCCUCUGUAAGCGUACACCCUAGCCAUUAUGUCGCUCACCGCCGCCGCGAAAUCAAACGAGCAAGAGUUUCAAGGGAAGAUAUCGACUCAAUCAGCUAUUUGCCUGAUGAGAUCCUCCAAGUUAUCCUCUCCUUCAUCCCGACCAAAUUCGCAAUCAGAACUUCAGUCUUGUCCAGAAGAUGGAGACAUGUAUGGUGCGACACACCUUCCCUCUCCUUCGUCAAGGACUGUUGUCCGGAUCGUGAUUCCAUAGGCAAAACCCUAGCUCGCUACACGGCUCGCAAGAUGAUUAGGUUUCAGCUCUGUGCCAUAGGUUCCGAAUAUUUUCCUGACGUUUACAGUUGGAUCGAGUUUGCCAUGUCGCGAAACGUGGAGAAUCUGUGGGUGGAACACCAUCUUUAUGAUGUUCCUGAUUUCUUCUACACCAAUUCCUCUGUCAAGCAACUUUACCUUAAGUCAGGCUCUAGUAAUUUGGUUCCCGAAUGCUCCGUGUCUUGGACAUCUUUAAAGAUCCUGACAUUGCAUACUUGCAACCUUUUCGAUGAAUCCUUUGCUAAGAUUCUGUCUGGUUCUCCGAAUCUCGAAACCUUAAGGUUGUAUCUCUGCGAUGAACUUUAUGUUCUUGAUCUCAGCAAAUCACCGCGUCUCAAAACAUUAGAAAUAGAAAGCGAGCACUGGGGGGGGGGAGCAAAGAUUGUGGCACCACAUAUCCAUUCCCUCAGACUCAGGUUCACAAUCUCUGAUUUUGCGUAUAGCCUAGUUGAUGUCUCGUCUUUAACCGAAGCUGAACUAGACAUCGACUCUGGCUCACUUGAAAACUGGAGAAGUUGUGCUAUUGUGCUAAAGAUGCUAGAGAAGUUGCAGAAUGUGGAGAAGCUUACUUUUUGUGGAAACUUUCUUAAGGCUUUAUCUCUUGCCGAUCGCCAUUGUUAUUCUUUUCCGAAGUUGAAGGUUAAAGUUUUGACGCUUAAGACAACCAUCUCUAAAUAUGUUACUUCUGGUAUAGAAAGAGUGCUACAACACUCACCUGAAUUAAAGAAGCUAACCCUACGCACAAUGGAUUAUGACCCCAUCAUAGAGUUGUUUGGCUUGAAUCCGGAUCAAAUAAUCCCGGAAGAGAGGGUCCUUUUAGAAGACUUUUACUCUAGAGAUGUAGAUACAAAGUAUGUGGCUUCGUUCAUGGAACUUGUGCUUAAAACCACAAAGACACUUGAGAAGAUGGUGGUAAGGUUGGGACCUUAUCGUUACACAAGACGUUUUAGAGAGUUGCGUCAGAGGGUUCCAAUGCUUUCCCACGACAACGACGUCUCAAUUGUGCUCAUCCCAACCAAAAGAUGGAUUAGAGUGUCUAGGUGGUCAAAACCCAACAUUGAAUAUCAUACAUCAAAUCUCAUGUAG